CACCUCACCAGCUUGGAUGGUCAAGCUUGGGAAAAUAGAAAGGGAUUUGAAUCCUCAUCACCCCAGCUUACCCAACCCUAUAUCACAGAAAAUAUAAGGUCAUUCUGCACCAUGUUCAAGAAGAAGCCCGUUGUCAAAUCGCUCGCACCCCUCCGCUCUUCUGACCGGCGGAAAGUAGCAGAUCAAAUUAUUCAGCAAUUCAAAAUUGAAAUACCUACACCCACUGCCGCAACGAGCCAAGAGCAACCAGGAGCCCCGCCAAAUGAAGCCGCAACUACCCUUACAGCACUCCGCAAAUCCCUUCUGCCAGAUAAUACGAUGUCCGCGCGGUUCACGACUACCGCAGGACCGGAUCUAACCCUUGUCCAGGGCACGAUCUAUGUCGGUUCACAUGCUGACGACGACGAACGAAUUCUCUGGGUGCGGCCAGAGCAAGGUGCAGGCACAGAUGGACGUCUAUACCCUACAGUCUAUACACUAUGGCGCCACCCGCGUCUCGUCCCUCUACUGCAUACCCCAAACUUGGUGAUGGACAAACUGUACGGGGGUGCGGAUUUAAUGACGCCAGGCUUAGCCAAUGGGCCACCCUUCCCUGCACGGGCGGUCAAGGGAGAGAUAGUUGCGGUCGCGAGCUUGGCGAAGCCUAGUGUGCCGACGUUCGUGGGUGUAUGCGAAAUCGAUGUGGCUGCGUUGGAGCAGGUUCGGGGGGUGAAGGGACAUGUUGAUAUCGAGGGCGAGGGCGAGGAAGAGGGCGGUGUCUCGCUGGAUGCGGAUGAAGUGAACGAAGACGACCCGAUCCUAGAACAGCAAUUACAGGAACCUACCACCAAAGAAAUCGAUAUGGCUUUUCACAACGCUUUCCUCUACUGCCUUUACCAACAUAAAAUGGACAACCCGUCCACACCUGACCAUGGAAUGUCAUUUCCCAUCCAAGCGUCCUUUUUGAUAUCCAAUCUGAUAACGCCAUUCCUACCAAUACACUCAGCACAACAAUCGCAAUUUUAUAAUAUCAAAAAAACAUCUUGGAAGAACGUGAAGAAAUUCAUCAAGCAUCUUGACAAAGAAGGCUUGGUUAAGGCUAAAGACCGCAACGGCGGUGAGACAAUAAUCUUGGACGCCGAUUUUGAGGCCGCCCAACUUGACGAUUUUGUUCCAUAUGAGCUUCCCAAAAAGAAUAGCUCGGACAAAGCUGCCAAAUCCGUUUCGUUAGGAGGAGAUGACAAAGAUCUCGCUGUGGGCCAGUCAUUCACCGUGAAAACGCUGUACCGACCAAGCGGGAAACUUACACCCACCUUAUUUCCGCCGCUAUCAAACAGGGAUGUGAAUAACUACUACACAAGCUCAGAUGUUUCAAAACGCCUAAAUGAUUAUCUCACUGCCCAAGACCCUCCCAUCAUAUCCACCACAAAUCCACGUAUUAUAUCUCUAAAUCCAUUCAUCAGUAACACCAUCCUGUCCUCUUCGCCCAACGACCUCGCAAUUCUCAAACGCGGCAUCAUCCAACGCGACGCGAUCCUCCGACGCCUACUUGAGGACCCUUCGCUCUGCGCCCCUUAUCACGCCAUGCUAAAGCCCGGCCAGACUCUCCACGACGUAAAGCCAAAAGCAGGUCCCGGCCCCAAGGUUACCGUGACCAUUGAGCGUCGCACAGGCUCAAAGGUAGUUACCAAGAUAACGGGUUUAGAACCGUUCGGUGCCGCACCGCAGUUGUUGGCGGAUGAGUUGCAGAAGAAAUGUUCGAGUAGUACGAGCGUUUCACAGGCCGUGGGAGCGGCGAAUGGAGUGAUGAGCGUGUUGGUUCAGGGCGAUCACCGUAAACUUGUUGAAGCAGCGCUGGCUAACCGGGGGGUGAAAUCUCAAUGGAUAGACAUUGUCGAUAAGUCUCAGAAAAAGGGAGGGAAAUGA